UGUUGGCCGAACAGGCGAUCUCUAAUUCCUCCCAUCGCUUGAAGGCGUUUCCUCCGUCUUCAACCAUCAGCUGAACAGCAGUUCCAUAUUACACUGCAUCCGAUGCCUUCCUGCAACCCAUUCAGUGGCCUCAAGGCCAAAUUUUCAAAGAGGAGAAGCGGCCAGGAUGCUCCAAAAGCACAAACCGAGCCCAAGCCGGAAAAUGCAAAUAACGCUUCUUCAGCCGCAGUCCCAUCGGAACAAUCGGCCAGCGCGGCUCCCCUUGUCACGGAAACGAUUACCACCCCAGACGAAGAACCUGAGAAGGGAUCCAUCCCUCAGCGAGAUCCUCCGGUGAAGGACCGCUGGCGGGACGCUUUCAAUCAACUAUCUCCGGCCAAGCAAGCUGUCCUGAAGGAAAUGGGAUUCGGCAAUCCCAAGUCCGGAUCUAUGGAGUCCAGCAUCAAGGAUCUCGUAGGAGAGGUAAACAGAAAACAGGAAGAGUGCGAGAAGAAGUUCUGGAACGUCAAUGUGGGUGGUAAAAAGAUUGUUCUUCGAGAAUAUACCACGCAGAUCGUUGGCUGGCUGGAGAAGGCCGGCGACAUUGCUGUGCAGUUUGCGCCACCCCAAGCGAGUCUACCAUGGGACCUGGUCAAAUCGAUGAUGAAGGUGGGCUAACCUCAAUUUCUUUUUACGUUUUGAUCUGGACCUCAUGGCAUCUUGUAGAUUCCCGUGAACGAGAGCGAGCAGAUGGGUGCCUUGCUUGCCACCACAGAAAGAGUUGUCCGCAUUACCAGUCGCGGCCAGGUCUAUGAAAAUGUCUA